AUCAUUUGUCGUCGGAAGAAAGAACGCUUGCGCGCUUAGCUCGCUGAUUGUGCUGAUGCAAGACAGUGGAUGAGAGUAGUUAACCGUGUGAACUAUAUUUACCAGGACGAAAAGCAUUGAUAUUUAAUUCAAUCAUGUCAGAAGACGAGAUUUUAUUCGACCCCACUACAUCAAAGAAGAAAAAGAAGAAGAAGAAGCCCUUCAUGCUCGACGAAGAUGGCGAUGGGCUUGGAGAGGAAGCCCAACAGGUUGAACAGAGAGAAGUUGAGCCUGAAGCAGGAGAGGAGCGAGAAAUGGACCCUGAAGAUGAUGACAUCAAGAAAAAGGAGCCUUCGGAUGAUUUAGAUGAUCUGAACUUCUUUAAUCAGAAAAAGAAGAAAAAGAAACCAAAGAAGGUGUUUGAAAAUGACAUUGAAGAAGGCAUAAAGGAGCUGAGAAUUGAGGGAGACCAGCAGGAAAUAAUGGAGGAAGAUGAUUUGGACUUGAUGCUUCCAGCUAAAAAAAAGAAAGCAAAAAAAGUGGAAUUUGUUGAGGAGAGAGAUACUGUGGAACAAGAGGAUGUCAUCGAGGAUGAUAAAAGCACAGAAGGCAUCACAUUCAUUUCACAAUCAGGCCCAGCAUGGGCAGAUUCAGAGAGAGAUUACACUUAUGAUGAGUUGUUGAGCCGGGUGUUUAACAUCAUGAGGGAGAAAAACCCUGAUAUGGUUGCAGGAGAGAAGAGGAAGUUUGUAAUGAAGCCGCCUCAGGUGGUCCGAGUUGGGACAAAGAAAACAUCUUUUGUAAACUUCACUGACAUCUGCAAACUGUUGCAUCGACAGCCCAAACAUCUUUUGGCAUUCUUGUUAGCCGAGUUAGGAACAAGUGGCUCCAUAGAUGGAAAUAACCAGCUUGUAAUCAAAGGACGCUUUCAACAGAAGCAAAUAGAGAAUGUCUUGAGAAGAUAUAUAAAGGAAUAUGUGACUUGUCAUACCUGCCGCUCACCGGAUACAAUUUUGCAGAAGGACACGCGUCUCUACUUCCUGCAGUGUGAAACCUGUCACUCACGUUGCUCUGUAGCCAGCAUCAAGACUGGAUUCCAGGCUGUCACUGGCAAAAGAGCCCAGCUUCGAGCCAAAGCCAACUAAUACAAGCACCCUAUUCUGGUCUCUUUCUCAGACUGAUGCUCUGCUGACAACUGUCCUCACUGCUCUACUCUGAAGCGCAGUAGAAUGACCCAAGGCUUGGACCUCAGGAGUGGUCUGUAGAAGGUUUUGAGUGUAAUUUUAUUAAUAAAUCUGACUCUGAAGCUAGAGUGCUUUAGUGAACAGGCUGCCUCUGA